CUUCUGCUGCUGCUCCCGCUUCGCCGCCUCAUGCGGCCAUGGCCGCCCCGGCUCCCCUGAUCCCGCCGGCGCAGCUGGUGCCCCCUCAGCCGCCCAUCUCCACGUCGUCCGCCUGCACCGCCACCACCAGCACCAGCACCUCGUCGGCCGCCUCCCCGCCGGCCGCCGCGGCCUCGGCGGUAGCGGUGGCGACGGCAGCAGCAGCAGCCUCGUCGGGGGCGGCCAGCCUGUUCCGGACGGAGCCCGUCGCGGCGGCGGCGGCGUCCGCCACAGCCGCCUCCAGCAACGGAGGCGGGGAGAGCAAUGGCAGCGCCAGCUUGGGCACCGGCAGCGCUUCCAGCGGAGGAGCCUCCAGCGCAGGGGGCGGCGGCGGAGGCCCCCCGCCUGCCCCCAGCGCGGCCACCUCUGCCGGCGUCGGCGUGCCGGGCAAGCCGGUGUACUCGACCCCUUCCCCGGUGGAGAACACGCCUCAGAACAACGAGUGCAAGAUGGUGGACCUCCGGGGCGCCAAGGUGGCCUCGUUCACGGUGGAGGGCUGCGAGCUGAUCUGCCUGCCUCAGGCGUUCGACCUCUUCCUCAAGCACCUGGUGGGCGGCUUGCACACCGUCUACACCAAGCUCAAGCGCCUGGAGAUCACGCCCGUCGUCUGCAACGUGGAGCAGGUCCGGAUCCUCAGGGGCCUGGGCGCCAUCCAGCCCGGCGUCAACCGCUGCAAGCUCAUCUCCAGGAAGGAUUUCGAGACCCUCUACAACGACUGCACCAACGCAAGUUCCAGACCUGGUCGGCCUCCUAAGCGGACUCAAAGUGUCACCUCUCCAGAGAAUUCACAUAUCAUGCCGCAUUCUGUCCCUGGUCUUAUGUCUCCGGGAAUCAUCCCACCAACAGGUCUGACAGCUGCAGCUGCUGCAGCAGCAGCUGCCACCAAUGCAGCCAUUGCAGAAGCAAUGAAGGUGAAAAAAAUUAAAUUAGAAGCUAUGUCGAACUAUCAUGCCAGUAAUAAUCAGCACGGAGCAGAGUCUGAGAAUGGGGAUCUGAAUUCUAGUGUGGGAAGCACUGAUGGUUCUUGGGAUAGAGAGAAACUUCAGUCUCCCCCAACCCAAGGAAUGCAGGCCUCUGUUAACCACCCCAGCAUGUCUGGACAGCAUAACAUUCCAGUUAAUCAUCCUCUUAACUCUCUCCAAAAGAACCACCUUCUGCCAAAUGGCCUGGAGCUCCCUUUUAUGAUGAUGCCCCACCCGCUCAUUCCCGUCAGCCUGCCACCAGCAUCUGUGACAAUGGCAAUGAGCCAGAUGAACCACCUUAGCACGAUUGCAAACAUGGCAGCCGCAGCACAAGUGCAGAGUCCUCCCUCAAGAGUUGAAACGUCUGUUAUUAAGGAACGAGUUCCAGACAGCCCUUCCCCUGCUCCAUCCCUUGAAGAGGGCCGAAGGCCUGGUAGCCACCCAUCAUCUCAUCGUAGCAGCAGUGUAUCCAGUUCCCCUGCCAGAACUGAAAGUUCUUCAGACAGAAUCCGGAACACCAGUCUGCUGAGACAGUUCGCCCUCUGCUUUGAUCUUCUUGCUGCAGAUCUUCUUACACAGGAAGCUGUCCACCAGAAUGGCCUAUCCAUGAACCAGAUGUUGAUGGGCUUAUCACCGAAUGUCCUACCUGGUCCAAAAGAAGGUGACCUGGCUGGCCAUGAUAGCGGACAUGAUUCUAAAAGAAUGCACAUGGAGAAAGAUGAGACCCCGCUCUCCACACCAACCGCAAGAGACAGCCUUGACAAACUUUCGCUAACUGGGCACGGGCAGCCGCUACCUCCAGGUUUUCCAUCUCCUUUUCUAUUUCCUGAUGGAUUGUCCUCCAUAGAAACCCUUCUGACUAACAUCCAGGGCCUGUUGAAAGUUGCCAUAGACAACGCUCGAGCUCAGGAGAAGCAAGUCCAGCUGGAAAAGACGGAGCUGAAAAUGGAACUUUUCAGGGAACGAGAACUGAGGGAAACACUUGAAAAACAGUUGGCAGUGGAACAGAAGAACAGAGCAAUAAUUCAGAAAAGGUUAAAGAAGGAAAAGAAAGCCAAGAGGAAAUUGCAGGAAGCACUUGAAUUUGAAACAAAGAGACGAGAACAAGCGGAACAGACACUGAAACAGGCAGCUUCCACAGAUAAUCUCAGGGUCCUAAAUGACUCUCUGACCCCAGAGAUAGAAGCUGACCGCAGUGGGGGCAGAACAGAUGCUGAAAGGACAAUACAAGAAGUGACCGGAAUGCAGUGCUUUAGAAAUUCAGGUUCAGUGAUUAUGGAAGACUUUAUUUGAAAACUACUGUCAUGUACUGAACAUAUCCCGCUGAAGACCUGUGUGCUACAGUUUAAAGAACUCUGCAGUGAGACAUUUGCCAGUUUGCAAGUUCUGCAAAAACACAAAGGUGCUUACCAGGCAACUUGGCCACUUCAUGUAUCCGCGUGCAGAGGUUUUAUAUCUUUCCGAAAGGGCAUCUUCUGUGGGUUUCCGGUGACUUCUCCCCGUGUUGCAGAGAAUGUUUCUACAACUCACGUAGCACACUUCUUCAACAACCAGCUAACAAUAAAUUUGCCUAUGGACACUUCCUUGUACAGAACGGCCAGAACAGGACCUCGCAUUCUCUUUCCGAUGGAAUGGAAACUGUCUCCUCCGAUUCUUUGAGCACAUCAAACAAAACUUCCACAGUGCCCACUUUUACACCUAAAGACUAUUAUGUAAACCAACAAGACAGUAUAGAAGCGAACCUUUCCAAAAGAGGCAUAAGAAAAUUCCG